CGAAGCUACCCAGUGGAAAGAGGGUGCACGUGCACACCCAAUUUUUUGAAAAUUUAAUGUUAACUGUUAUGAAUUUAUGAUUGUGCACCCUUAAAAAAUCUGUACCAAACCAUAAUGAAAAUAAAAAGAAAAAACAACUAAACCCAUUAAAGAUUAAAUUAACUCCAAAGCCCAAUUAUAUUCUCUACACUUUUUUUUUGUUAAACCCUAACUAUUCUUAGUUAUGUCUACGGCUGAUACAAAAUUUUAAUCUUCCAAGCUUCUUCUUAAACGUGAAACGUGCAAGUACAAAUCAUCAAAUCUAAUUGAGAGAGUUUUUUUUCUCUUGUCUACCAUACAAAACUGGUAAUUAAUUAAAUAUUAUUUAUGUUUAUGCAAUUAUGCUUUGAAUUGUUCAAUUGUUCCAACAAUGUCAAUGUCUAUGAUUAGUAAUUAUUUAAAUAUCAUCUGAAUUUUUGUUUCAGUCGUACAAGUCCAAGGUCAAAGAUAGAGGCUGUACUCUUGAUUAGAAUUGAUCGUUUACAGGUUUUACUUACUUAUAAUUUUUAUGAAUAAUAUUUUUGCUAGACCGUAUGUUUUUAUUUAUGUUAUGUUUUUGGUUUUGUAGAUUAAUCAAUGGAACGGUACUACAAACCAGCAUCAGUUUCACCAUCUGAUAACACCUUACCAUCUAAUGAUACUGAUGAUUUGCCGUGGGAUCCUGCUAAAAGAAAAAAUAUCAAGGAUUAUAAUGCAAAUCAAGUCGAUGAGGUAAGACGCAAGUACCUUCUUAGAGGCCCGUGUCAACCACUUGGUCAUAACUUUGAAAAGAGACUCAUAGGUGGUAAAAUGAGACGAUUCAAUCCAGCUUGGUUUGGUCUGUAUGGUAAUUGGCUAGAGUAUAGUGUAUCAGAGGAAAAAGCUUAUUGUUUGUGUUGCUACUUGUUUAGAGAUGAUGCGUAUCCUGGAUUUGUGAGGGAUGGAUUCUCGAAUUGGCAUAAGCCUGAUAGGUUAUCUUUCCAUGUAGGAGAGCUUAACAGUUCUCACAAUAAUGCUGUCAAGAAGUGUGAUGAUUUGAUGAAUCAAGGUCAAUCCAUAGUGCAUGCUAUGUAUAAGAAGACUAAUGCGAUGAAAAAUGAGUAUCGUAUCAGAUUAAAUGCUUCUGUUGAUGUUUCUAGAUACUUAUUGCGACAAGGAUUAGCUUUUCGAGGUCAUAGAGAAGGAGAAGAUUCUUCUAACAAAGGCAACUUUUUAGAACUUCUGAAAUACACAGCUGAUCACAAUGAUAUUAUAAGAAAAGUUGUUUUGGAGAAUGCUCCGGGAAAUAACAAGAUGGUUUCUUCAGAGAUUCAAAAGGACAUUGUAAACGCUUUUGCAGAAGAAGUGGUGAAAUCUGUUAUAGAAGAAAUUGAUAACGGAGUGUUUGGUCUAUUAGUAGAUGAAUCUGCUGAUGUGUCUGACAAAGAACAGAUGGCUGUUGUUUUUCGAUUUGUUGAUAAGAAAGGAGCAGUCAAAGAAAGGUUCGUUGGAGUUGUCCAUGUGAAAGAGACUUCUUCUUUAUCUUUGAAGCAUGCUAUUGAUGAGUUGUUUGCUAAGUAUGGACUGAGCUUAAAAAAAGUGAGAGGACAAGGUUAUGACGGAGCUAGUAAUAUGAAAGGAGAGUUCAAUGGGUUGCGAUCAUUGAUUACUAAAGAAAACAGCUCUGCAUAUUAUGUUCAUUGCUUUGCUCAUCAACUUCAGUUGGUUGUAGUGGCUGUUGCGAAAAAGAUAUUUGAGAUUGCUGAUUUCUUUGAUAUGGUUUCUAUGUUACUGAAUGUGGUUGGAGCUUCUUGCAAACGGAAAGAUAAAGUCCGGGAAAAUUAUCGAGACGAGAUAAAUGUUGGAAUUGCUAGUGGUGACAUUAACACUGGGAAAGGACAGAAUCAAGAAAUUUCUUUUCAAAGGCCUGGAACUACAAGGUGGGGUUCUCAUUAUAAAACGUUGUUGCGUUUGGUUGGGUUGUUUUCUACUAUUAUUAAAGUUCUUGAGUAUAUCGAAGAGGAAGGCGCCGAUGAUUCUAAGAGAUGCCAGGCAUAUGGUCUUCUCAAGUAUGCUCAGACAUUUGAUUGUGUGUUCUAUAUGCAUCUGAUGUUACUUAUUUUGGGAAUAUGUGAGAAUCUAUCAAUGGCUUUGCAAAGCAAAAAUCAAGACAUUUUGAAUGCUAUGUCACUAGUAGAAUCUACUAAGCGGGAAUUACAGAGAGUAAGAGAUGAUGGAUGGGAUUCACUUAUGUUGACAAUUUCUUCUUUUUGUGAGAAACAUGAUACUCAGAUGCUCGAUAUGGAAGAAGGUUUUAUCGAUUCUCGGAGGCCAAGGAAAAAACCAACAUCACUAAUUUGCAUCACUAUAAGGUUCAUUGCUUUAAUGCAACUUUGGAUUUGCAACUUCAGGAAUUCAACGAUCGUUUUACUGAGGUAAACACUGAGCUGCUUAUUUGUAUGGCUUCCUUAAAUCCUAUUGGUGCUUUUCGUGGAUUUGACAAGUCAAAGUUGGUGAAGUUGGCUAAGUUCUAUCCAGAUGACUUCAGUUUUAUGGACUGUUUAUCGCUUGAGCAACAACUUGGUAUUUUCAUCGACAAUGUACGACAUGAUCAACGAUUUAAAAAUCUGAAGAGUCUUGGAGAUCUUUCUCUUCUGAUGGUAGAAACACAAAAGCAUAUUGCACAUCCUUUGGUUUAUAGACUUUUGAAGUUGGUUUUGACUUUGCCGGUUGCUACUGCAAGUGUUGAAAGAUGCUUCUCAGCAAUGAAACUAGUGAAGACAUCUUUACGAAAUCGAAUGGGAGAUCAUUUUUUAAGUGAUUAUCUCAUUUGUUUUAUCGAAAAGGAAUUGCUUGACGAUGUCACAAACGAAGAAGUGUUGAUUCGAUUUCAAGCCAUGAGUGAAAGAAGGAUGCUUUUGUAAAAUGUUGUUUUUAACAUAAAAAUGUUGUUUUUAAUACUUUUUUAAUAUUUUCAUAAUUUAUUUAAUAUUAUUUACUUUAAUAAUAGUGCACCCGUGAUAAAAACUUCCUGGCUUCGCCCCUGCGUACACGUGCGGUGAACCCCGCCUGGAGAGGGAGGGUCUCUAUUAUUUCGAAUCAUAUAUAUUAACGGGAAUUAUUGUUACAUAAUACCUACAAAUCGGAUAACCUAUCCAUAUGCACGCAUCGACAAACAUAUUCGUACCAAAAUCUCGAUAUUUUGAUUAGUGAUUCAAUUGAUCCUAUGCUACAUACGGAUUGUAUUAUACAUUGUUUUUUAGAAUAUAUCGACAUAUAGCUGCCUAGCUGGUAUCCAUAUAUGUUUUGAUGUUGGUUGAUUACGCUUUGAAAUUGGUGCUCUAUCUCGUCUAAAACUUAUUCAGUAAAAAGAAACGAGUUAUACUCGGAAACAAAUAUAAAUAUUCACGUACAUAACUUAUUUAUGAUUAUACUAUAUCUCCGAGUUGAAAUAUAUUUGAUCUACCUCUUUGAUAUCAUGUGAAAGUCCCUAACGAUAUAACUAUAUGAUACAUGCAUGAGUCACCGUCAAAAUUCUGACAACCUCCAUGACCAUAAAUAAAGACCUAACUACAAUUAGCUUAAACAA